AAAAGCCUCUAUACAGGAUGUUAUUCUUAAACCACACGAAUAUACUGCAUCUUUAAUGCUGGUCCGGUUUGCUAAAACCAGCACUGACUAAAAACAUAACCUGGGAGCUGAAAUUUAUGUGGAGAAAUGUAACUUUAAUGAAAUACAAUUUGGAGCAAAUGUCUCCGUGCUUGUGCAGCGUGAAAUCCAAUCCUUCCCGCUGCUCACAUGUGGAGCUGCUGGCACUGGCCUUGUCCAAGCAUCAGGAAUAGUGUUACAGUACACGUCUGCCUGGAGGACUAGCACCCAUGUUUCUCUACAUGUUGAUCUUCAUGGCGUAUCAUAGCAGCAGAUGGAUACCGAGGAAUAAGAGGUUAAAAUUUCAAAUAGUGAAUGCAGUGUUCGUGGCAUUUGUUCUGGUUCCUCAGUUCUACGUCAUGGCAAGGCCAAAAUCCUCAAGAUACUGCAGGCAGCCUCUUCUGAGCAGCCUGUCAGCCUCCAUCGCCUUGUCCUUCAUAGCUUCAGGGUUUUCAGUGAUAUUCACGAUGUUAGACCCAGUUCCUCCUAGCUUGUGGGCUUCCUAUCAUGUGUUUGGGCUGCUGUCGUGUGGACAAGGACUAUGUACCGCCGUCCUGACUCUGAGAGCAGCAGCAUGCGCGAAAACAACUCCGGAGCUGUACUACAUGUCUCUUAUUCUGACGGUUGCCUCUAUUUUCAGUACAGGUUUUUUCAUGGUGAGAGGAGGACUCUGGCUGACCAACGGGCGGCCUGUGAAGGACCCCAGCAGAAACAAUGAGCAAUAAAACAGUCCAGCUGUCCCACGUCGACAUCCGACACUCCACAUAUUAAGAUUUCAUGUGGUUUCCAUGCCACCGGCAGCUGGUAACUUUAAACCAUGGGAACACAAAAAAAAAAA